UGCCCUGUAGCACCUGGCACACGGCGCUCAAGAGAUGUGUGUGAAUGAAGGAGCCAUAUCUUGACUCGCAACUCAGAGCAGUAAGCUGGAGUUUGAGAAAUUACUGUGGGACAGUGCAGGCAAGUGAGUGCUUCACAUGAAUUACUGCAUUUAAACCUCCCAACAUGUGAAGUGGAUACUUUUUCAUGGAACUCUUUACAGGUGGAGGAAUAAAUUCUGCCGCCUGCUUGCAUGGCUGCCGCGGGGAUGAAGGAGAGGGGACUCAGCCAGAUGCUAAAUUCUCAAUUUCCAGGUUUAUAUUAUUGCCUGCAAGUAUGAAGAUGGGAAUAUUACCAGCUAGUGCAUGACUUGUGCUUAUCUUGCCUUCUCCAGGAUAGAAGCACCAGAGGCUAGCAGACACUAGCCAGAGACUCAGUGGUGGUCACCGGAGUGACUCCUGCGGCCCCAGCAGACACGUGCUGAGGCUCCCCGUUGCUCAUAUUCUAUGGGAUCACAGGGAGCUGGGACAUGGAAGCAUGAAGAGUACUAAGUUGACUGUGUAAAUUGCUGGAGAAAGGACCAGCUGUUCAGGAGCAUCCCGGACGAGAGCCAGGCACAUUUGAGACUUGGAUCCAACUAAAGACAGCCCCAGAUUCUUCUGCAGCAAUGUCGGUGUUGGAAGAAAAUCGGCCAUUUGCUCAACAAUUAUCCAAUGUCUACUUUACAAUACUUUCGCUGUUCUGUUUUAAGCUUUUUGUGAAAAUCAGCCUUGCCAUCCUCAGUCAUUUCUACAUUGUGAAAGGCAACCGCAAGGAAGCGGCAAGGAUAGCAGCUGAAUUUUAUGGAGUAACCCAAGGACAAGGUUCCUGGGCAGAUCGAUCACCACUACAUGAAGCCGCAAGUCAAGGUCGCCUUCUUGCUCUGAGAACAUUAUUAUCACAGGGUUAUAAUGUAAAUGCAGUAACCUUAGACCACGUCACCCCAUUGCACGAAGCCUGCCUCGGAGAUCACGUGGCAUGCGCCAGAACUCUGCUGGAAGCAGGGGCUAAUGUAAAUGCAAUCACGAUAGAUGGCGUGACUCCGUUAUUCAACGCAUGCUCCCAAGGCAGUCCAAGCUGUGCAGAGCUGCUUCUGGAGUAUGGCGCCAAAGCCCAGCUGGAGUCCUGUCUUCCAUCCCCCACGCAUGAGGCCGCCAGUAAAGGUCACCAUGAAUGUCUUGACAUCCUGAUAUCCUGGGGCAUAGACGUUGACCAAGACAUUCCUCAUUUGGGAACUCCUCUCUAUGUAGCUUGUAUGUCACAGCAAUUCCAUUGCAUCUGGAAACUUCUUUAUGCUGGUGCUGAUGUACAGAAAGGCAAAUAUUGGGAUACUCCAUUACAUGCUGCUGCCCAACAAUCCAGUACAGAAAUUGUAAACUUACUGCUAGAAUUUGGAGCAGAUACCAAUGCCAAAAAUACAGAGCUUCUGCGACCUAUAGAUGUAGCUACGUCCAGCAGCAUGGUGGAAAGAAUACUGCUUCAACAUGAAGCUACCCCAAGAUCUCUUUACCAACUUUGCCGACUCUGUAUCCGAAGUUACAUAGGAAAACCAAGAUUGCACCUUAUCCCACAGCUCCAGCUGCCAACAUUACUGAAGAAUUUCUUGCAGUAUCGAUAAAACAGUAAAAUAAUUCUAAAUACCUUGAAAAAUCAAAAUUUCUAUUUCUUUUGCUUAAGGAAUAGUUCAUAUUAAAAUAUGCUAAAGAUAGGGUAAAAGUGAGUAUGAGAUCACCCAGGGAAGCAGUAAAAUAUCAAUUUUCUUUUUAAGUGUACUAGUUAGUACUAUUGUUUUAUCAUUUAUGCUGUCUUUGGAUUAUAGCAUAUUUAUAAUAUCUAUUUUUUGUUAUUUCAACAUACCUUCUUGUUGAUUUAGGAAAAAAAUAAUAAAGUCUCUAUCAUAUGUUUUCUUUCAGAUUGGAAAGAAAACUCUUAGUAAAGUUAUUCCUAUUAUAUUUAUAAAGGUCUAUAUUCUUCAACUAAUGGGUUAACUUUUAAUUUUGGCUAUUGUAAUUGGCUAACUUGUUAUUGAUAUUGACAUAAAAUAUGAGUAUGGCUUAGCAAAGAGCAACUAAUAUGCUUUCUGAAACCAAGAUGAUGCUCGUUCAGGAAAUCCACUAUGUUGAAUGUCCACUGGUCAUUAGAAUGACCACUUCAUAAAGAUAAAUUGCCCACUGCCUUGCCCCCAGCAAAGGACUCACAAGUCACUUCUUUUCUCCAUAGUACAUGGACCUGUUACAGAAAAGUGAUAGGAUGAAAGGUCAGUACUGCCCUUUCAUCCUGAGAUAUUUAGAACAUUACACACCUUCUAAGGCUAUUUGAAGACUGCCUCCUUCUCAGGAGUAGCCCCUGAUGAUCUCUUAUCAAGGCUGUUAUAUGCAUAUUACUCCAGCCUUCUUCCAUGUCAGAAAUUGUCAACAGCUAGUGAUACUUGGGCUUAAGAAAAUGAACUACAUAUCGAAUUGAUGAAGAGGCCCUGGAUCACAUUCCAGGGAUCAUCACAUCAGUCCAAGGAUAUGAAAAAACUGGAAGUUAAAAACUCAAAUUGUGGAGUUUUUAAAGAGUGGGUGCCACUUAACACAUUUGGAGACCUUAAAAAAAAUGUAUAUAGAGAACUUAAUCGCACUGUUUCUAAUUUUUUUUACACAAACAAGGAUUUAGAAUACACUGUAUUUGCAGGUAAUAGCAAGAGAGAGUAUUGUAUAAAAGAAGAUUUUCCUAAGCUAGUCCUCUGCAAGGGUAAAUACUAUGUUUAUUCUCUUCAGCUUUAACUAUACUUGAGUGCAAUAGAAAACAUAAUAAAAUUUUAUGCCUUUUUUGUAAUUCAGGGUCUAUAAUGAUUUUAGAAAUAAGAUAAUCAACAUACUACUCCUUGUAAAACAAAAGCAACUUUGGGUGAGUUUUAUAGAUUUAUUAAAUUUUGAUAAAGUAAAUAUUUUGACCACUAUUUUCAACAACCCAGGGUUUAUUUUCUUCUGACUUCUUGGCUAACUUCCAGACUAUGAGAAAAUAAAUUAUGACUGUACAUGACCCCCAGAUCACUAAGCUUGCAUUUUGGCAGAAAAAAGAAAAAAAAAAUAAAAAGCAGUUGUGAUUUAAAACGUUUGUUGAGAUUUUCAAACAUAGAAAUAAAGCUGUAGCAUAUUCACUAAACAAUGUCUUCUAUGUGGAUAAGGACCUUUAAAUGUGUGUUGUAUAGAAUAUCUCACACAUUUGUAAUGGAUAAUGUGCAUUAAAUGGAGUUCUUAUUACAGAAUAACCUGGUUAAACAGAUACUAAAGCUGCUUUUGGGUAAAACAGGUUUCCACCAGUAUUUUCCCUGAGCUAGAGGAGAAGUCUUAGAUUGUAAGAGUAAUGCAACACAUCUAUCUUAUUAGUCUUGUGCCAAUAAAAGAAGUAAAUAUCAAACAUUAAAAUGGACACUUUACAAUUUCAGUAUAUCUGUACCUUGUAUCUCAGCUUGAGUAUGAUUGUCUUAUCAAAGUAGUGUUCUAACUUUAAUGUAUUUUAUGUUUGUUAUUAUAUUAAAGUGUGAUUAUUAUUCACUGGAAUAAAA